CAAGAUCGCACACUUGCCAAGCGGUAACCUCGUGGCGACUGGCUUCGGAAGGCGCCAUUUUAUUGAUACCGUCCAUACUCUGUACUGCGUACAUACUCGUACAUACAAGUAUCCAUAGUUCUUCCUUAUUAGUAACGAGCUUGCACCCAGCACGCGACCCCGGUCGAAUACCGAACCCCGGACCCUGGCGGGACGCCUUUGGGUUAGGUAGUGUAGUGAGUGGUUCCGCCCCUACACUAGCCUCCGACCGGCCAUCACACAAAGCGACUUGUUGAACUUUGUCGGGCGUUAUCAUUCAACUCGAGCACGGGAGGACAAGACAGCUCAGGCGACGCUGUGUGAUACCAUGUCCUCGGCCCUGAGCAAGCGCCAGCAGGCGCGCAACGAGAAAAGCCUGCAAGAACUUCUUCACAAUGUUCCCGGCAACAACCUUUGCGCCGAUUGUCAGGCGCGGAAUCCUGGUUGGGCAUCAUGGAGUUUGGGCAUCUUCCUGUGCAUGCGAUGCGCCUCUAUCCACCGCAAGUUGGGCACUCACGUGUCCAAGGUGAAGUCGCUGAGUAUGGAUAGCUGGACCAGCGAGCAGGUUGAUAAUAUGCGGAAGGUCGGCAACGUCGUGUCUAAUAAACUCUACAACCCCGACAACAAGAAGCCGCCCGUUCCGGUUGACGCAGACGAGGCCGACAGCGCAAUGGAGCGAUUCAUUCGUCAGAAAUACGUUUCUCGCAGCCUAUCGGCCGGCAAGAGGCGGCCCGGAGACGAGCCGGAAGAGACCCCACCUCCCCUUCCCCCGAAGACACCAAGCCGGUUCAACAUGCGGUCCGCCUCAUCGAUCUUUCCCUUGGGGUCGAAGUCGAAGAAGGGGAGCGGCAGUGAGCCGAAUAGCCCCCGAGAGCCGGAGGCUCGGCCGCCGCUCCGGAAUAAGUCGUCGGGGGUCUUUGGUCUGAGUGUCGAGCGCGAUCGGGCUGACGGGGACGACACGGCUCAGAAGCUGGCCAAGCUUCGAGACAUGGGUUUCACGGACGAUCAGAAGAACUCGAUGGUGCUGAAGGGAGUGAACGGGAACCUAGAAAAGGCGAUAGAGGCUCUGGUGCGGUUGGGUGAAGGGAGCGGGAGGACGCCGGCACUCUUGACGCCCGCCAGGGCUGCCACGACGCCCGUGACUCGAAGUUUAACGCCCGGUGCGAACACGGAAGCGAAUCGGACCCGACCGGUUAGCCCGGCGAGCACGAACCCGUUCGAUGCGCUCGACGCCCCACCCCCACCACAGCCGCUCUCGACGCAGUCGACGGGCACGCUGCAGACCAAGAAUCCAUACCUGUCGACGAACCCGUUCGGGGCGCCGCUGCAAGCUCCGUCGGCGUUAGACCUGGCCUUCCAGAAUAUGUCGCUGGCGCCACCGAGCCAGCCUCUGUUCCCAAACCACACUGGCGGUCUGGCACAGCAACAGAACGCCCAGAUGCUGUACCAGUGGCCGACGAGCGGGCCGCUGACGGCUCCCCUGUCUGCCACAACACAGGGUUACUCCGGCAUGGCGACCAGCGGUAGUCAAACGUACCCCCAGCAGACACAGCCGGUAAUGCCCAGUCAUAACCCCUUCUUCCCGACGCAGACACAGCCCCAACAACAGCCGUUGUCAGUCAACACGAGCCCGUUCGGCGGCAACUUUGGCAGCAACCCCUUCACGCGGUCGCCAACGAGGAUACAAUCGCCCACUCUCUCACAGAUACCCGAGCAAACGCAACAAAACUUCUACGCUCAAUCAGUGCAGCCAGCACAACCGCAGACGACCAAUCCGUUCCUCAACCAGCUGACGCCUCCCGCGCAGCAGUUCCCGGCGCAAAUGCAAAUGCAGAACCCGCAGCAUAUGGGCCUGGCCCCUCAAAUGACGGGCUACAUGCAGCAGCAGCCACAACAGCAGCCGCCGCGGCCAGACAAGGCCUCGAUCUUGGCUCUGUACAAUUACCCUCAACUAGCACCGACCCAGAACUCACUCCAGAACCAGAAUGCAGGGCAAGCUACGCCAGCACAGACGGCGAACUCGCCUUUCCCGCCUCAAUCGUUCCCACAGCAGCAGCAGCAGCAGCAGCAGCAAACUCCACCACCGGCACAAGCUCAACAACAACCGCAGCAAGCGACACCGGUUAGCUCGGCGGCAAUGAGCAAGAACCCGUUUGCCAGUGCUGCCACCUCACAACCAGGACGGCUCAUGGAAUCGACGCCCAAGCAUAAUGUCAGCCGGGACAGCAUGAUGGCGCAGGGCCUGGAGUGGUCCAAUGGACGGCAUAGUCCGGAUGCAUUUGCUAGUCUAAGCGCGAGGGACACGCGUUGACUGGGAAGGAUAGUUUCGGAGGUGGGGAAGUGUUGGUCAGGUCAGUGAGCAUGGAAACUGCUGAUGCAUUUGUAAACUCUGGGAAGGUUCUCUGGGUAUGGAUUCUCUGUAUAUAGAUAACAACUGAUGGCUGUAAACUCUGUAUGCUGGUUAUGUGAAGUGUGCCCCGGGGGUUUCAACAAGCAGCAUGGCGACAGAGCAUGAACCCGACUUUUCGCAACCCCCCCCCCCCCCCAUCGCCUAGAACGAAAAUGGCAACCGUUAAGAUGCUGCCGAGCCCUUGCGCACUGCAAUAAGUAUAUUGUACGUAUGUACGUACAUACAUACU